GAGAAGGAAAACAAUCGUAUGCUGUGCAUUGGGAACCACCUCCAGAAGAUACUUACAAAUGGAGACAUAAACGGCCAAAUAUGUCAAAUUCACUUCGUAUAUAUGAGUGUCAUAUUGGAAUUAGUGGAUCGGAGUCGAAAAUAUCAUCUUUUGAUGAAUUUACAUCCAAGGUCCUUCUACAUGUAAAGAGUGCUGGAUAUAAUGCUAUUCAAUUAAUAGGGAUUGUCGAGCAUGCAGAUUAUUCCUCAGUUGGUUACAAAGUCACUAAUUUCUUUGCAGUCAGCAGUAGAUUUGGCAGCCCAGAUGACUUCAAGAAGUUGGUGGAUGAAGCACAUGGUCUUGGGAUCCUGGUAUUUCUAGAUAUUGUCCACUCGUAUGCGUCAGCAGAUGAAUCAGUUGGGUUAGCUCUGUUCGAUGGAUCAAAUGACUGCUAUUUUCACACUGGAAAACGAGGUCAUCACAAAUAUUGGGGCACAAGAAUGUUUAAAUAUGGUGAUGUUGAUGUCUUGCACUUUCUUUUAUCCAACUUGAAGUGGUGGGUAACUGAGUACCGGAUCGAUGGAUUCCAGUUUCACUCACUCUCUUCAAUGAUAUAUACUCAUAAUGGUUUUGCUACGUUUACCGGGGCCAUGGAGGAGCAACAUUUUAUCCUGGAUUGUGUGAGCCAACCACUCAAGGUGGAUUGGGAUUUGACUACUGGGUCAAUCUUUCUAUUCCAGAAAUGUGGUUAUGGCAUCUUGAAAAUGUUCCGGACAAGGAUUGGAGCAUGAAUAAGGUUAUCGGGUACUAUAUCAACAGUUCUGUUUCGAGUUUUGUAGCAUGGAUGAAAACAAAGGAGGAAAAAGUACAAUAGGAGAAAGGAGAGAGGAAGAAAACGAGGGCAACCACAUAGCAUUAAUUCAGUAAAGAAAGAUCACGCAUAUGUUAAAUAAAGCCAGUUUUUUUUAUUCUCCAAAACUCCUCUUUUAAAAAGAGGCUUUGGGUUUUAUAUAAAAUAAACCAUAAUUCUAACCUUAAUUAAUUUUCUAGAUUUUAGAUAUUUUAAUGAAGAGUAAACAAAAAUUUCUCAAAUACAAAAUCAAAUCUCUAAUUUAUUUUGGAUUUACAUAGGAAAACAAAAUCCUAAAAACCUAACAGAAGCUCAGAAACAAAUUUUUAAAAAUAAUAAUUCUAAAAAUUAAAAACAAAUUUUUUAGAAGUUUCUCCUAAUUAAUCUUUUGACGGCAUCACCGAAACUUCAAGAAUUUCACAUUUACUGCAUCACCGAAACUUCUGCAGUUAAACACAUAGUUUUAUACUUCAUCAACUCAUGAGAGGAAUUAUGGUUAGUUACUGUAGAUUUAAGGUGCGAACCAAAAUAGACUGGAUGUUGGCUUGUCAUGACCCAGGUUUAGAUCUAUGU